AUGUGCAACCUCGAUACCGAAGGAGCCAAGUAUGACUGUGGGCACUACAUCAUCACCAGGAAACUGCGCAAGAUCGACUGCGAGAGCCCGUACUGUUAUAAUUCUCGCCGCCACCCAAACCCUUGCCCCGGCUGCUCGUGCGACCGCUACUUCGGCCCCGAUGCCUCCGAGAAGGUGAUUGCCGUCUACCGCGGCUACUGCCCCGAGUGCGCACCGUACUACGCCCACACGAUGUCCAAGCCAGGCAGGCGGUAG